UAUCACCAAUAUGCAACUGAUAAAUAAUACUUGUAAAUUAAUGAAGAUAUUUAUAACUAUUGCAGACGUAAUAAUUUAUACUUAGAUAUAUGACAUAUGUGACUUGAUUUCUAGCAAUAUCCGUGAAUUGUUUACAUGGCUACUAGUAAGCGUGUAGUGACCACUAGGAAGAGCGUUAAAUUGGUUGUUAAAUAAAAACGAGAUUCACCACGGACUGUCUAAAGAUGUCAAUACCAGUCUUAAAGUACUUAGGAUUCUACUGGAAUUUGUUAACACUUCUUCAAGGCUGUUAUGGUGCCUAUAGCUACUACAGAUCCUAUAGCUACUACAGAUCCUAUAACUCCUACAGAUCCUACUAUUAUUACUACUCCUCAGGAACCUCGUCCUACGGAAGCAUCAUUGGUGGUGUGAUCUCGGGGCUCAUUUUCCUCGGUGUAAUGGCGUUCUGCGUCGUAUUCUGCAUCUGUAGAAGAAAACAAAGGGGGACAAAUAAUAGUUCCAUUUUCGGCGUAAGAUUCCUGAACUCCAGAGCAACAAAUCAAGGGGCCAUCAUUACGGCAAACGCCACCCCUGGGAUUUAUCCUCCUCAGUACACAAGCCAGGCUUCCAACCUAGCACCGGGACAGACGCUGGAUCCGCCAGCUAAUGCACCUUAUCCUUCACACAACGGUUCCUUCACGCCCCAGCCGCCUCCCUACGGCGAGCCGGCGCCAUCAUAUGAUUCCAUGUUUGGACCACCAGGAAACAAGGCCCCUCCCUACCCAACGUCGCAAAAUGAGCCUAACUUUGUUCCUCCGCCAGCCAAAAACUGAGCCAUUGUGACGCAUAUGUGACUGAUGUAUAUUGUUACGAACGUUCUAGAAUGUACUGUGAUGAAAUAUUUGGAACCUGUUUUUUUUUAUCAAUGGUUAUUUUGAAAUUCAGUUUAAUUUUCGCACCUUUUAGACUGGGAAAUGUUUUUUAUAUAUAUAUAUGUGUAGGUAGAGCGUAAUAGAACACAUUAUUAGACCCAUCUUAAGAGUUCCAAAAGUCUUAAAUACUAUUAAACUGAAUUAUUAAAUGGAGAGAGAGAGAGAGAGAGAGAGAGAGAGAGAGAGAGUUUAUUUUAACAGGCAUCUUUUAAAAAAACAAUCUCCAAUUGCAUGAAAAAUAAACUUUCGCCAAACUUCAAAUUCCUAAUCUCUGUGUGUGUAUGUUUGGGGUGGGAUGGGGUUCAG